CGUGACCGGUCCGCGAGGCCCCGCUCGCGCAGUCGUCCGGGCGAGCGAAGAUGGCGGCCGAGAGGGAACCUCCUCCUCUGGGGGACGGGAAGCCCACCGACUUUGAGGAGCUGGAGGACGGGGAGGACCUCUUCACCAGCACCGUCUCCACCCUAGAGUCAAGUCCUUCAUCUCCAGAACCAGCUAGUCUUCCUGCAGAAGAUAUUAGUACAAACUCCAAUGGCCCAAAAACUUCAGAUGUUGUGCUAGAUGAUGACAGAGAAGAUCUUUUUGCAGAAGCCACAGAAGAAGUUUCUUUGGACAGUCCAGAAAGGGAACCAAUCCUCUCCUCAGAUCCUUCUCCUGCAGUCACGCCUGUGACCCCUACUACACUCAUUGCUCCCAGAAUUGAAUCAAAAAGUAUGUCUGCUCCUGUCAUCUUUGAUAGGUCCAGAGAGGAGAUUGAAGAAGAAGCAAAUGGAGACAUGUUUGAUAUAGAAAUUGGUGUAUCAGAUCCAGAGAAAGUUGGUGAUGGCAUGAAUGCUUAUAUGGCAUAUAGAGUAACAACAAAGACAUCUCUUUCAAUGUUCAGUAAGAGUGAAUUUUCAGUUAAAAGAAGAUUCAGUGACUUUCUUGGUUUGCAUAGCAAGUUAGCAAGCAAAUAUUUACAUGUUGGUUAUAUUGUGCCACCAGCUCCAGAAAAGAGUAUAGUAGGCAUGACUAAGGUCAAAGUGGGUAAAGAAGAUUCGUCAUCCACUGAAUUUGUAGAAAAACGGAGAGCAGCUCUUGAAAGGUAUCUUCAAAGAACAGUAAAGCAUCCAACUUUGCUACAGGAUCCUGAUUUAAGGCAGUUCUUGGAAAGUUCAGAGCUGCCUAGAGCAGUUAAUACACAGGCUCUGAGUGGAGCAGGAAUAUUGAGGAUGGUGAACAAGGCUGCCGACGCUGUCAACAAAAUGACAAUCAAGAUGAAUGAAUCGGAUGCAUGGUUUGAAGAAAAGCAACAGCAAUUUGAAAAUCUGGAUCAGCAACUUAGGAAACUUCAUGCCAGUGUUGAAGCCUUGGUCUGUCAUAGAAAAGAACUUUCAGCCAACACAGCUGCCUUUGCUAAAAGUGCUGCCAUGUUAGGGAACUCAGAGGACCAUACUGCUUUAUCUAGAGCUUUGUCUCAGCUUGCAGAGGUUGAGGAGAAGAUAGACCAGUUACAUCAAGAACAAGCUUUUGCUGACUUUUAUAUGUUUUCAGAACUGCUUAGUGACUACAUUCGUCUUAUUGCUGCAGUGAAAGGUGUGUUUGACCAUCGAAUGAAGUGCUGGCAGAAAUGGGAAGAUGCUCAAAUUACUUUGCUCAAAAAACGUGAAACUGAGGCAAAAAUGAUGGUUGCUAACAAACCAGAUAAAUUACAGCAAGCUAAAAAUGAAAUAAGAGAGUGGGAGGCAAAAGUACAACAAGGAGAAAGAGAUUUUGAACAGAUCUCUAAAACAAUUAGGAAAGAAGUGGGAAGAUUUGAGAAAGAACGAGUGAAAGAUUUUAAAACUGUUAUUAUCAAGUACUUAGAAUCAUUAGUACAAACACAACAACAGCUGAUAAAAUACUGGGAGGCAUUUUUACCUGAAGCCAAAGCCAUUGCUUAGCAAGAAGAUUAUUUGUAUUAAGAAGACCUUGGAAGUUUGUUCCAGUUAUGCUGAACUCCACAGUGAAAUCAUUUAAAACCAUCUAAAUAAACCACUAUAUAUUUUAUGAAUUACAUGUGGUUUUAUAUAUAUAUAGAUAUCUAUAUAUCUAGAUACCUAUAUAUAUAUAUAUGCUCUGACAUUUUAUUACAAGCUGCAUGUCCUGACCCUCUUUGAAUUAAGUGGACUGUGGCAUGACAUUCUGCAAUACUUUGCUGAAUUGAACACUAUUGUGUCUUAAAUACUUGCACUAAAAAGUGCACUGCAAGGCCAGAAAAUUUUACAUAUUUUUUUCUUUACAAUAUGUUCUGUAGUGUGUUCACCCUCUUUAUGAAGUGAAUUAUCAAUGCAUUGAUUAAUGUUCACUUAUACAUUCCUGUACAGAAAUUAUGAUUUUGUGAUUACAGUAAUAAAAUGAUAUUCCUUGUGAAGUUAUUAGUUACAAAUUUUUUGGGUAUGUAAACAUGAGGAAUCUUUUGAAAGCAUUUUUAAUAAGAAGAAACCUUUUCUUCUAGAUGUAUUUAGAUGAUGUUAUGAGCUAUUAAUAUUUUUUAAUUGACAGAAAAAGCCUAACUCUAUGAUGAUUAAAUGACUAAAUGAAACUUGUUUUUUUAAUGAACUCAUCAUAAACCAAAGAACAUUUAUCUCUUGAUUCAACUCUGGGUGCUGUCUUGGGUAAAGGAAAGAAUAAUUGUCUUUGCUUAUUUUAAUCUAUCUCUAUUAUUAGUCCCCAAUUUUAAGAUUUAGGAAAAGAUGUUUUAUAUGCUUCUGUUACAAGUCCCAUGGAUUUUACUCUUCAGCUGUUACCUUCAAAUUUAUUCCCUUUAUCUUUUUCAUAUUCAGCUAGAAGUGGGUCAUAUAGUCAUAGAUGGUAAAGAAUGGUACCCUGCCAGAAUACUCCAUGAUUGGCUGAAUAAACAAGAAUAGAUAGCACAAAGAAAAUUUAAAGUAAAAUGAAAUGUAUCUUUUGGCAACUUUCUCACCAUUUCUGUAUCUUCUCUAGGUGACUUUUAUUCUAGAUGAAAGUUUAAAUUGUGAUUGUCAUCAGAGUUAUUUUCAUUUUUUAAAAAGUGUUCUUAAAGACAUCCCUCUUCCAAGGUUUAACAAGUACAUCUCCCUGGCAGAGAAGAAAGUUAUGGUAUGUAUAACUGAGUGCUCUCUACCACUUACUGGAGCAAUUAAUAUAUUAGCGUAUCCUCUAGAGUAUGUUUGCUUCUAUGUAUUUUAAUUUCAGACCUGCCAUAGGUAUUCAUAUUUAUUCUCUGAGAACCUAGAGAAGUAACUGACACAUAAAUGGUUAAUAAUAAUAACCUGCUGACUUGAAUAUGCAAAAUAAUGUUUGCUCUCUUAAGAAGGAACUGAAACAGAAGUGGUAUAGUCUGUCAUAGUUUCUUCUAUUGAAGAUAACUUAUAUACUUAUGAGAAAUAAGUAAUGUAUAAUAAUAGAUAUCAUAUCUAGUUGUCCAGAUAAUAUUGACAAAAUAUAGGCGUACCAGGAAUAGUUUCACUAUAACAACAUUUGAGAACUAUAUUCUUUGUUAUAUUACUUCCAGUGGUAUCACUUAUACAUAGGAUAAUAACUUAGUUAUCCAAACCAAAAUCCUCCAUUCUGCCCUGGUACAUUCACUAGAACACUUAGUACUUCCAAAUAAAAUUAUUAUUUUCAGUCUUGAUCAAGCUGAAAAAGGCAGUAGAGCCAAAAUUCAUUCCAGAGUUCAUUUAGAAACCCUUAGAAACCUUAGAAGUCCUUUUUAGAAGGUUUCACAUCUAUUAAUCAUGUGAAGUUCUAGUAGCUCAUAUUUUAAUGGAAUUUAAACAUUCCAAUAAUCUACCCUCCACCCAUCUAUCUUUAUGUCUUCUGUUUACAUGAUCACAGUGUGUUCCUUAUAAAUAAGUAGAACCGAGAAUAUUAAUAGUGCUGAUGACAACUUUAAUUGUGCAGGUCUGAAUUUAAACAUUUCUGUUUUCUCUUUCACCAGAAAAAAAGUUAAAGAAGUACUAAGGCAGCAUAAUACAGUGGAGCAGGCUGAACUUGGGAUCAACAUACAUCUGUUCAGUUUUGGCUUCUCUCUCUGAGUAGCUGUAUGUCUUUGGGUAUAUCACUAAAAUCACAGGGACAUAAAACUCAUUCCUGAAGUGCCUUUCUGCUUUAAAAUAUUUGGUUUCAGAUUUCAAAAUAAGUAUUCUACUAGGAAACCAAAUUCUACUCAAAACCACCUUCUAUUGAUAAAGUAAAACAAUAUUAGAGCAAAUGAAUGUAUGUAAAAAUACGAUUUUUAACUCAUAAAAGAUUAGAUUUUCUUGAUUGUAUUUUAUGCUCAGCUAUUUUAAACAGUUCAUACGUAUUCAUAUAUAUGAAUUAAUAUGUUAUAUAUACUAGUCUCAAAUUCAUACAUAGAUAUAUACACACUAGUCUCGAUUCAUAUGUGUGUGUGUGUGUGUAUAUAUAUGAAUGAAUACGUAAUAUAUACCAGUCUCAAAAUACACUUGUUUGAUUGUUGGUAUUCUUCAAAGUUUAUUUCUGCUAAAGUUUUACAGAUUUUUCCUAUUUCAUGAGUGGUUUUUAAAUAUAAAUUUCUUAACAAAAUUGAAUUUCUUUAAAGGAAGGAAGUCAGAUGAAUAGAGAAAAGAGAUUAUAUUUCUUAAAAAAUGCUUCCUAAUCUUGAUGUCUGUCUUAAAACAUGUGACUCAUUGUAAAGCCCUUGAUGUACUUCACUUUUCUUGUGUCUCCCUGCCGGAGCAGUCAAAUGAUUAUCAAGAACUAGGGAGGUAGUAGAAGUUCAAAAGUAGUAGCUAUAGAGAGGCUGAGCAAAAGUCAUUCUGUCUUAAAGGAAUGGAGGUCCCUGAUCAUGAGGCUGGAAGAUAACGCUUGUGAAAAGAAAGUGCUGUCAUUGACUUGGGAGCUUUGGAGGCGCUCCCUAUCUUACUCAGAAUCGAGUCUCAUUCCUGUGGUUUCAGGUAAUAAUGACAGUGGAUAAUUGGCCAGACAGAAACAGCAAGAAGAGAAUUACAUACUAAUGAAUUAUUGCUGAUUAUUCAGAGAGGUCAUGGUGACCUUGGAUGUGGUGUUUAUUAGCAUUUGGACCAGCAGAAACAUAACAUUGAGUCAUGUAUAUAAUUUCUAAUUUUCUAUAGUCAAAUUUUAAAAAGCAGAAACCGUAAAACUGAUUUUAAUAUAAACUCAGUAGUUCCAAAAUAUUUUAAUUUGUAAUCCAGUAUAUUAAAAAUUAUCAAGAUUUUUACAUUCUGUUUUUCUUAAGGUGUUGAAAUUCAGUAUAUAUUUUAUACUUACAUUACAUCUCCGUUCAUACACACCACACUUUAAGUGACCAAUUGUCUGUUAACACAUGGCUGGUGGCUCUUUUGGAUGUGUAGGUAUAAAACAGUGCCUGUGGAAAUGGAAAUUAGAGUAAGUCCAACAGUUGGUUUGUUAUUUAUCUCAAAUCAAGUGAAGGAUUUGAAGCUAGAUAAAUGAGACUAGCAGGUGUUGCUGUCAAGGGCAGGUACAACUUGGCUGCCAAUCUUUGUGGCACAGAGCUUUGCCAAUAGUAGAUUCAUUAUCUACUAUGAAUGCAUUGUAGCGCUAUAUUACCAAUGUAGUACAGCUUACUCAUUUUUCAGAGGAGCAGAUCCAAAGCUUAAAUCUGAUUGAACUGAUUUUUUCCUCUUAGAUCUGUGUUAACUGGCUGUGAAAAUUCUUGCAUGAAGAUAUAUGAUGAACUUUUCAAAAUUCUUCUCUAAUUGUAAACAUAGAAUCCUAGGAAGUCCUUUGGGAUACAGAGAAUUUAUUUCUUCAAACUGAAUUCAGAAGUGGAUAGAAAAUUUUAGCAAAUAGGAAAGUUAUAACUGGCUGUCAAAUUUUUUAAUGCACAUUUAAGAGAUUUUAAAUGCUCCAUCUCUUGUCAUACUAUUUAUCACUUAAUUCUCUGAAGAUUAAAUAAUUUCAACUAUUUUUCUUAACUGGGUCAAAUGGGAACUUUGUAUUUAAAGCCAAUCAAGGUGAAGCUGCUCACUUGUUAUUACACAGAAAAGUAUAUUUUUAAAUUAAGGUCAUUUAAUGGGAUAAAACCCUUUAAGAGGGAGUAUUUUAGGGGGAAAUGUGUCUAUUUUAUCUGUAACUGUAUAAUAAAAAAAAUCAGACAAAAUUUAACAAAACUAUUUAAACAAUAAAUUGCUUUCUUACUGCUUCCAUUAUUAAGUCUUGAGUUAUCUUGAUUUCAGCCUA